AUGGCGCGUACCAAGCAGACGGCUCGUAAAUCCACCGGAGGUAAAGCUCCCAGGAAGCAAUUAGCCACGAAGGCUGCCCGUAAAAGUGCUCCUGCUACUGGCGGAGUUAAGAAACCUCACCGUUAUCGUCCGGGAACUGUGGCUCUCAGAGAAAUUCGUCGUUAUCAGAAAAGUACCGAAUUGUUGAUCAGAAAAUUGCCUUUCCAACGGCUGGUCCGUGAAAUAGCGCAAGAUUUCAAGACCGAUUUGCGAUUCCAAAGUUCUGCUGUAAUGGCACUCCAAGAAGCUAGCGAAGCGUACCUGGUCGGACUAUUCGAGGAUACGAACUUGUGCGCGAUCCACGCUAAGCGAGUAACGAUCAUGCCGAAAGAUAUACAGCUGGCAAGACGUAUUAGGGCGAACGUGCCUAAUGGAAUUGACGGAUUUACUAUUUGCCGGAAAGAGAGAGAGAGAGAGAGAGAGAGUACGGCGUGCGAUAAUAGGUUAUAA